AUGCCUGACCUUGGAGACGCCGUCGACAUGUCGACGUUCUCUCAGAUUCUCGAGAUGGACGAGGACGAGAACGAACGCGAGUUCAGCAAGCCCCUAGUCUUCGGCUUCUUCGAACAGGCGGAGGAGACCUUUGAAAAGAUGGACAAGGCACUGGAGGAGAAAAACCUCAACGAGCUCUCUGCGCUGGGCCACUUCCUCAAGGGCUCAUCAGCCACACUUGGCUUUAACAAGGUCAGAGACAGCUGCCAGGUCAUCCAGCAGUACGGUCACAGGCUCAACGUCGACGGCACCCCCGAGACGGACGAGGCUGUCUGUCUUCGUCGCAUUACGGACGCGCUCAAGACUGUCAAGGUCGACUUUGAGGAAGUGCAAAAGUCGUUGAAGAAGUUCUUCGGGGGUGAGACCAACGGCACCUAA